GACCAGCCCAGCAAGGAGGGAUUACCUGGUAGUAGCUGUGCUCUGCUAUGCAAAUUUAAUAAAUUUCAUGGAUUGGUCCAUUGUGCCAGGAAUCCUGUUAGACAUACAGAAAUACUUCUGGCUUGGCGAUGGGGACACAGGUCUGCUGCAAACAGUCUUCACCUUGUGCUACAUGCUGGCUGCUCCCAUCUUCGGAUUCCUUGGUGACCGCUACAAUAGAAAACUCAUCCUUGCAGCUGGGAUUCUCUUCUGGUCUGGUGCAACACUAGGCAGCUCAUUCCUCAGUGAAGUGUAUUACAGGAUAUUCAUUCUUUCACGAGGCCUAGUUGGCAUUGGCACAGCCAGUUACUCCACAAUAGCACCUACCAUCAUUGCAGACCUGUUUGAGGAAGGAAAAAGGACCAUAGUGUUAUCUAUCUUCUAUAUCUUCAUUCCAGUGGGAAGUGGUCUUGGGUAUGUCCUGGCAGCUGGCAUGGCAGAAAUCACAGGUGACUGGCACUGGGCAUUCAGGGUAACUCCUUGCAUGGGAGGUCUAGCACUGGUUCUCCUGAUUCUCCUGGUCCCUCACAGGACCCAGAGAAGGACAGCAGCACACAGAGCACUGAGCAUCUCUGGCACAAGACGAGUAGCAGAGGAGAAACCAGGUGUACACGGAACUGCCAAGACUACUUGGUGUCAAGAUGUCAUAUCCCUUGCCAAGAACUGGAGUUUUGUGUGGUCCUCACUGGGUGUGACUGCCAUUGCCUUCGUCACUGGAGCCCUGGGAACGUGGGUACCAGUGUUUCUGUACAGGGCUCAGAUUGUCCAGGGCAUUGUCCCACCAUGCCUCCAGAAAUCCUGCAGUUCAUCCAACAGCCUAAUAUUUGGAGGCAUCACCAUGGGGACAGGAAUCUUGGGUGUCAUUGCUGGGGCAGAAGUUGCAAGAAGAUUAAGGAAGAUAAACAACAAAGCUGAUCCUCUGAUCUGUGCCACGAGCAUGUUCAUUUCUGCCCUGUGCCUCUUCGCAGCUCUGAUGGUGGCCCAGACAAACAUCCUUGCCACUUUUAUUUUCGUUGCCUUUGGAGAACUGUUUCUGUCUGUAAACUGGGCUGUAGUGACAGACAUACUGCUGUACGUGGUGACCCCGAGGCGACAGUCCACAGCCAUCGCCCUGCAGAUCUUGGUGAGCCAUUUGCUGGGAGAUGCAGGCAGCCCAUACCUCAUUGGCAUUAUUGCCAAUGCUAUCCAGGCCAGGAAUGUUCCCUCGUUCCAGUGGAGUUUCUGGAGCAUGCAGUACAGCCUUGUCAUCUGUGUUUUUGUUGGGGUUUUCGGAGGAGGCUUUUUCCUCCUGACGUCUUUCUACGUCGAGGAAGAUCGGCAAGAAGCAGAAAGACUCUGA